AUGGCGCCAGUCCAUAGCAAACCCAGCCGCCUCCUUCUCCUCCCGGCUGAGCUCCUGAUUGAAAUCCUGGGGUGUAUCGAUGACCCGAAAUCUCUCGUGGCCGCAAUACACUCCUGCCAGAGACUACAGGAUGUAUUCUACGCACAUAGAUUGCCUAUCUUGCGGUCAAUCUUGUACUCCACGCUGGGCCCGGAGCUGGUCCCAUACGAGGCGCUGAACCAUCAGGUAAUGCACCACAACUGGGGGGGGGAUAUUAGUGUCACCCCAACAGAAGAGGAUUUCAGAGCUCGGGUUGACCUCUUCUUCCAGCCGAAUUAUAAAUGGAAGGGAUCUGCCGAGCAGACAGUUGACAUGAUUCGCUUCCAUACGCUCCUUUUUUGGUUCAAGGAGGCCGUGUACAAAAGGUUCAUGAAUUGCUACGACGCUAGUUCCGACAGCGAUAGCAGACAGCGCGUGCCUACGUCGAAGAAUGAGAAUCACCGAAUCAUGCGGCACCUGUAUAUCAUCUCUUUUGUCUUGCAGACCCAGAUCGCUCUGCAUAUCAAACACGGACAACAGAGCCCUGUGCACCAUUGGACCGAAGAACUUUUGGAACGCUUUGCGCUCAACUGGGUUGAGGUUGCGCAGUGUCGACGAAUGAAUGCCAGCCUGUACCACACCAUGGUCGACCAUCUUAGGUACGGGCUAGAUUUCCCACCAAACAACCCAGGCGCGCCGGGGGUUUUCACUCCAUAUAUGGAAGCAUUCUGUGCCCGCUACCGAAAUGAGGAAAUGGGGCCAAUUACAAUGAGCAAGGAUUAUGCACUCUGCCACGUGUUUACGUCGAUGACGUCAGAUAUCCCAUCGGCAAUCGACAGAGACAGUACGGUAGGAGUAUUCGCUCUCUGUUUAACAUACAUGCGAAACAUCGACGACGCAUUGGUCAGUAUCACGGCCAACUUUGCGAAUCGCCCAGGUCGUAAACGAGGUCGCUCAGGCUUUCCUCAGGGCACGACCGCGUGUCAAGAUGACCCACGCAUUCUCAAGCUGGACCUGAACGACCUCCCUUUUGAGAUGUCUCACGUCUUAUUCUGGGACAGGGACCGGCUUGAAAAUGUUGCCUAUGGAGUUUGGCACCAACGGUUUAUGGAUCCGAGCGCCUGCAAUACCCUGCGGGCCUUUCUCCAGAGAGGUUACGAGGCGUAG